UACACAACAGUCAACUUCAAGAGAGUCGACAACAGAAGAUUCAACAAGCGAAGAGUUAACUACUACUAUGUCAACUACAAAACAAUCAACUUCAAAUGAGUCGACAACGAAAUAUUGAAUGACAACAGAUCAAUCGACUAAAAGUGCAACAACCACAGAACAAUCAACCGAGGAGGAAUUGACAACAGUAGAUAGGUUAACCACAGGCGCGUCAACGAUAAAAGACUCAUCUACAGGUGCAUCAACUACACAACAAUCAACAAAGGAGUUGACAACGGAAGAAAUAAAAACAGCAGACCAAUCCACUACUCAUCAAACAACAACUGAGGAAGUUGAUAAUGAAAAACCAUUUAUUGUUGUCUGUAAUGAUGAAGGCAUUCGUCAGGGAACAGACAUCGGCCUUAGUACGGCGCUAGUGACAUGGAUUGAACCAAAUGUUACAGACAAUUCAGGUUUUGAUAGACUUGCUAUUACGAGUAAUUACCAAUCAGGUGUAGUCCUCGCUGUAGGCUUUUAUAAUGUAACGUACACAUAUUCCGAUAUAGCAGGAAACAAUGCUACCUGUACAUUCAGUGUAGAAGUGUAUGAUGACGAACCACCAAUACCAACCUGCCCUGAUAACCAAGUGCAUCAGCUUUCAGUAGGGGAAUCUACCAUCGCAAUAAAUUGGACCGAGGCGACAGCAACAGAUAAUGUUCAGUUGUUGAAUAUAGAGUUGAUAUCGUUGAUCGAACCGGCAAACUACGGGACUGGUACUUAUGAAGUUAUGUUUGAAGCAACAGAUGUUUAUGGUCUCACAGCGACUUGCUCAUUCUCAAUUACUAUUGAAGACUCGGUGUGUCCUAACACUUUCCGUCGAUGUCCUGUAACAAACGGAGAAUGUAUUUCUCUACAUCAAUUCUGUGAUAAAAAGAUGGACUGUCCCGACUGGUCAGAUGAAAACGAAAUUUCAUGUGGACCUUGCACUGAAUCUGAAUUGCGAUGUAAUAAUACUAUUUGUAUCAAUAACGAUUCGUUUUGCGAUGAAUUAACCUUCGAUUGUAUAUACAGCAACUUCGAUGAAGAGAGCUCGUUGUGCGACGGAAGCUGUUUAGCACCUGACACGUUGCGAAAUGGUGAACAGAUCAGUCCGUUACAGCACCGUAAAAGGUACCUCGAGGGCCAAUCGAUUUCGUUCAUUUGCAACCAUGGAUAUACAUUAGUUGGAAACAGCACGCAAAUAUGCCAAAGUGGUACAUUUCAAGGCACACCUCCGAAAUGUUAUUUCCACUGUUCAAAACCAGCACUGCUUGAAAAUGGACUAUGGAUUGGGCCUGAUUUCAUUGGUCACGGAGAUACUGUAUCUGUCACUUGCAAUGUGGGAUAUGAGUUAGACCCUGAGAAACCAACAGUAUUUACUUGCCAAGAUGGUCAGUUCGUUGGUGAACUUGACAAACGUUGUAUUAAUAUUGAUGAGUGUGCAACAGGACAACACAACUGUGAUUCAGAUGCUAGUUGUGAUGAUACUAUUGGGUCUUUUGUAUGCAUAUGCAACACAGGGUUUGAGGGUAACGGAACAGUUUGCACAGAUUUUGACGAAUGUGAAUCCCAAACAAGUACUUGUUCAGCUAAUGCCACCUGUACUAACACACAUGGAUCAUUUAAUUGUACAUGCAAUGAAGGCUUUGAAGGCGACGGCAUGUUUUGUCGAAUGAUACUUUAUUUUUUAUUUGGAAUCAGUGAGGGAGAUACAUCGCUUCGUCUGUCUUCCAAACAGAUAUCAGGAGAAUAUGUGUCUUCCGAUUUUUUCCUUGCAUCCGGCUUUCCAUUUGGCAAUCAGUUUUUACGAUAUAUAUAUGAGUUUCCUGCAGCCGUUUGCACAUCCAGGAUUUUUGAUAUCCAAGGCUCAAGUGCCGUAUGCUGA